AAAAUGUAUCUACCCCCUCUUUACUAAAGGCCAGCCUGCCUUGGUGUCGUGAAUGAUCCCAGCAUGCAAAACGCACUGUAUCUGGCCAGUCAAGUGAUCAAGUAUUUCUCUUAGUUGUCGCCCAAGCUCCGGGUCUUCUUCUGAUCACGCAAUGCCAUCGGCCAGUCCUUAUCCCAACCAAUUCAAGAUGGAGAGCCCAGUUGAUAAGCCAAGAUACCAGUAUCGUGAUCUCGACUGGACCGCGAAGGAAAUACGCGUCGUUGAGCUUCUUCCUGGUACUUUCCAGGAGAGAAUCCGCAUCAAGUUCCAUCACGUUGCUCUAGCACCACGGCGACCAUCCGCAAUCAGAUUGCCCCCGAGCCGCGAUGAAAUCCAAAAGACCCUACCAGCAGACUGGAUCGUCCGCGUCUGUCUCGACGGCCGCUUUAUUUUUGAGCGCAUCAAGGAAUAUGAACCAGAAGAGCCCUACGAGACAUCAUGGCUGCACCCUGUGACAGGCGUCGACCCGAAUGUGAGCUUCGACGACAACAAGCUCGAGUACGAAGGGCUAUCGUACGUCUGGGCACCCGAGGGAAGCGAGGAAGAUGCUCUGGUCCUGGAACCUACUGCUCCGUCCACAGGCGCAGCUUCGUCGAGCCUCAGCAUCAGGCCGAACCUCGCCGCGGCGCUUCGUCACCUGCGAUACCGCGAUAUUCCCAGGCGCAUGUGGAUCGAUGCCCUGUGCAUCAACCAGACCGACCUCGAGGAGCGCAACAAUCAGGUCCACAUCAUGUGCGACAUCUACCGCCGCGCAAGUCACGUCGUCGUCUGGCUGGGUCCUGAGAUGGAGGACAGCAAGAUGGCUAUGGCUGCUUUACGCCAUCUUGGCGAGCAGGCCGUCUACACCGAGCGCGGGGCGUGGAGGACAAAUCCGCCCGGAUGUAGUAACCCAGAGCUGGCUCGCGCAUCGGUUCCACUCCCUUACGACGAGCAGACCUGGCGAUCCAUCACCAGCCUACUGCAGCGUUCCUGGUUCGAGCGUCUCUGGGUGUGGCAGGAGGUUCGUCUAGCUGACGAGCGCUCUUUCAUGCUAUGCGGUCCCGACAGUAUUUCACUAUCUCUAUUCCGUCGCGCAAUCUUCUGUGCCAGCGACAAGAAGUUCCUUCCGAGCAAUGAGGUGCGCGGGUUGAUUCUUGACGCCGUCGAGGUGAUGCUGCCAUUCUCCAAUCAGCCGUUCUUCCGAGAGCUACAGACGCUCAACUGGAAAGGAUGCGCGAAUCCCCGGGACAAGAUCUACGGAGCAUUGGGGGCUGCUCCGGCGGCAAUUAGGGAGCGUAUCACUCCGGACUAUUCCCUGCCAGUUGAGACGGUAUAUAGCCAGUUCUGCAAGGCAUACAUCGAGUGUCUAGAGAGGCUGGACUUUCUCGACCGUUGCAACAUCGACGCUCGUGAGAUUAAGGGGCCUACCUGGGUCCCAGACUGGUCGGUUCCUGUUGAUCGAGCAGUGCGGCUUCCGUAUGCCGAUAUCUUCUAUGCGGCCGGCGCUUCAGCCGCAGAAGUCAGCUUCAGGUCUGAUAGUGAUGGGACCGAUGUUCAAGUCAUGGAGGCUUCAGGAGUCCACUGCGGCACCGUGUCCUUCGUAGGUCAAAAGUCACCCCCUGCCUCCGACGGUCUCCUUGCCGCUGUGAAAACUUGGGAGGCAGAAGCACUCUCAACAGAGCGAUACGCACCAACGAACGAGAGAUCAAUAGACGCAUUUGUCACCCUUCUCGGAUUGGGAUACAUGAUCGAAAGGUGGCCGCAGUGCAACAGUCUCCUCACGGUGCCCGAGGCGGCGGAUCUCUACGGCAGGGAGUUUAUCGAUACCAAAGGCGACGCAGUCUCUCACGAAUCGCUCAACUUCAUCCGCGUACGGCAUCGGUACUUCAUCAAGACGGAUACGGGGUACAUGGGUACAUCUCACGCGCGGCCAGAAAUCGGGGACAAGCUUGUAGUCCUGCUGGGUUGUCCGUCACCCUUGCUGGUGCGACCAGAUCCAGCUUCGACUUCGGAGAAGCAACAGUACAGGGUCGUAGGAGCGACGUACACUCACGGUCUGAUGGACACAGAGGCACUUCUCGGACCCUUGCCAGAGGGUUGGAGGGUCCGGAUGGCCAGGGAGUCUGGGUUCUUUGACUCCAUGCAUUUCUUUUCAGUUACCGAGGACAAAACGACAAAGGAGGACCCGAGACUUGGCGAAGACCCGCCAGAGUGGGAGAGGCUUGAGGCUGUGAGGACGGGCAAUGAUCCGUGGAACUUUGCUCGGUAUCGGAGUCGAGAGACAAGAGAUGUAAUCAACUCUGAUCCGAGGUUGAUGCCGGACGCUCUGAGAUCACGCGGUAUUCGUGUUGGGUACUACAGCUUGGUGUAAAUCGGGUCACAACUGACACUCUGACUAAGAUCUUAUCCUCGUCUCGGUAUUCUCACCAAUGUUUUCAUUCUUGGCCACAUGUUUGUACUGGAAAAUGACAACAAGUUUCUAAUCACUUCACGGUAAACUUUAUACAUGUUGUAGUUACUAGGCACUAUUAUUACAGUAAAUAAUCACCG